AUCGAGGCAAGAUUUUCGAGAGGAAGAUUGUUGAUAAUUCAUUUGUUGCAUUAGAAUUGAAAAGCAAUUUAAAUCAAAUUACAAAUCAAAGUGAACUUCAAAAAAUAGAUUUUGAUGAUGAUAAAGGUAAUCAUGCUCCAAAACAGGUUCAAUAUACUGCAAUUAAGACUGGUGUCUACUUACCCGUGUCUAGAAAUGGAAAAGAUUAA